UGUUUUGAUCGUGACGUCACACCCCCUAAUAACUAGGAACCUGACCACAAUGGCGAAGUGAGCAAAUCCGUGUGUGCGAAUUCCUCCAUCACUGGGAAAAUAACAAAGAUGUCUUCUGGAGGAACAAACGUGCGAGUUGCCGUCCGUUGUCGUCCAUUCACUGACAAUGAGAAAGCCAAAGCAUCAACAAGGGUGGUAAAAAUGAGUGGCGAGAAAAUCAUUCUUCAUAACCCUCUGCCUGGAACGAAUACCAAGGAACAUAAUUUCACUUUUGAUCAUAGUUUCUUCUGGGAAACCAAAACAGAUCAGCUGUACCAUGAUCUUGCUGAGCCACUCCUCAAUAAAGCUCUUGAUGGAUUUAAUGCAACAUUGUUUGUAUACGGACAGACUGGUACAGGCAAGACGUUUAGUAUGGUUGGAAGUGAGGAAGAACCAGGAAUUAUCCCUAUGCUUAAUGAAAACUUUUUCAAGCGCAUAGAUGAAGCCCCACCAAGCAAGGAAUUCUUUGUUACUGUCUCAUACUACGAGAUAUAUCAAGAGAUGAUUUAUGAUCUGCUCAAUCCAAAUGGCUAUGAGCUUAGAGUCAGACAGCAUCCUCAGCUAGGAAUAUAUGUUGAAGGACUAGCAGAACUUGUGGUGCAAAAUGCAGAGGACAUUGCUAGAUUAUUUGAACAAGGGAACCGAGUCAAAAAACUGACAUCAGCCGACAAGAGUCCAAAGGCCUCAAGGUCAGACAGUAUAUUCACUAUUAAUGUGGAGCAAAGAAACAAAGAAAAGACCAACAGUGGCAUGCGCUCAAAGAUCAACCUCAUCGACCUGUCAGGAACUGAAAAAAAUGACAAUGCUGAUAUCAAUGUCAAACAAGGUGUAUUUAUGAAUAAGGGGAUAAAUGCACUGAAUGCUGUGAUAAGCACUCUAGCAGUUGCUAAAAACAGGGAUGGUCACAUUCCGUACAGAGACUCUAAAAUCACCAGGAUAUUACAGGAUUCUCUGGGAGGCACUGCUCAUACAGCCAUUCUUAUCACAGUAUCUCCAGCAGAUGCUGACUAUGAAGACACCUUAUCCAGUCUACAAUGUGGUAGCAAAGCAAGAAACAUUGAGAAUAAUUUCAAGAGAAACGAUAUUGAGAAUACAAAGAUCAUUCAAGACCUACGUGAGGAGAUAGCUCGUCUAAGGGUGAAGCUGUCACGAACAGGAAUGACCAAUGGACCAAGUAGAGAGGAUGUUACACAAAUGGAGGAGUUAAUCAAAGACUUACAGACAGCCAAAAGGCUAACCUGGGAAGAACGAGAAAGACUCUCCGAGAAUUAUGACGAGGAGCGAAGAAUAAGCUUGGCAAAUAAGGGUAUUUUAGAUUGGGUCAUGGACACGAUGAAGAGGGAUAAUAAGGAGGUCCAGGAGCGCAUGCUGGCUCUACAGAAAGACAAGGAUCAGCUAACUGCUGAGUUCAAAGAGAAGCGCAAACUUGUAGAUGAGCUCAAAGAUGACCUGCAAGCCAAAAUUACAGACUACUCCAAGCUGGCCGAGUCAGGAAAAAGCAGUGAAGAGGAGAACAAAGCUAAAGUAGCUGUCAUUCACGACUUGAAAGAAAAGCUUAAAUCCGAGAAUGACGAACUUAAGAGGAUCAAACACAAACUAAAAGAAGUGCAAGAGAAGCAGAAACUGGAAAAAGAGGAGGCAAAAAAUCAGUCUUCAUUUCUGAAGGGAAACACUGAACUCCGUCACAAAUUAGAGUCAGAGCAGAGAGACAAACUAGAGAAAGAAAAUGCCCAGACCCUCGCAGAAGAAGUAGACCGCGUGAAGAUGGAAAUUGAGCAAGAGAAAGCAGAAUUACAGCUUAAAGCAGCAGAGGGCGCCCAGUACACAACCGACCAAGCCAUCAAACUAGAGAUGGACAUAGUCGAGUUGAAGGCUGAGCGAUCUGUCAUGUCAAUCAAGCUAUCAGCUUUGGAGAAUGAGAAAAAGAGGCUUAAAGCAGAUCUUGACGAUUCCUACAAGAGACACAAAGAAGAGAUGGAAAUUCAGCAGCUUCAGCAUUUCCAGACAUUUCGUAAUUAUCGGGAAGUGUUCGAGGAUCAGAAGUCCGCGAUCGAGCAGCGUUACCGCACACUGCUAGAGGAGGCGAUUCAGGACGCGGUCUUUCUAUCUACGCGGAAUCAGGAACUUCUCCAGGAAAACCAGUCACUACAACAAGACAUUGCUGAACUAAAAGACCAACUCUCUCUUGGGGGAGCAUCCAUGGAGCCUGCUGACUAGCACAUGCCAAUCAUUUACAUCAGCAAAUCAACUCGCCCAGAAAUCUGUCAAGCACUCAUCUAACCAAUCAAAUCGUCUAGAACGCCGACACACAUUCAAGUGAGCCAGGGAUGACAAAAUUGACUAGAGCAAAUCAACUACUCUAAAGAACUGCCUAUUAUUUAAUUGAGCCAAAUCACCUAAGCCUGUUAGUGGUUAGUGUAGGCGUUGAGGUUUCUUAUUCAAGUGAGAAAACCCGGAUUUCUCUAUCUUGGCCACCAUUUUGGACGCGGAGGAUGGGGACGAGUUAUAGUUUUCAAAAGAGAUCGCCCCGCUCCUUAGCCUGCGUAGAGGCUACCCACUCCUCGGUGGCCGUAUCUUCCAAGGUGGGGGCCAAAUAACGAACUCGGGUUUUCUAGCCGAAAAAAAAAACAGUCCAUGUUGGACAUGAUGCUAUAGGAGAUGUAAUAUAUUGUAUAUUUUGUAUUUUUAUCGUAUUUAUAAGUCUCACACAAUCUAAGAAAGUGAAGGGAAGGCGUUGUAAGAUUUAGUUCUAUAGAGUAUUCUGUGUCGUACAGUACCUCUGUUUGCGCUCAAAUCUGAACACGGAACAAGCAAUGGUGUUUAGGUUUUUUGUACCAGCAAGCCAGCAUUUAGUGGCCCCUGGGGCCAGGAUAUUACGUAUUGCACCAGUCGUGUAUAAUCACGUUUGCCAACAGGUGUUGUAUACAUGCUCUCAUAAUUGGUUCUUGGUGAUAGGUGGGUCUCUGUAGUACAUAGAUUUGAAGUCUGAAUCUAAUAAAAUGACCUGUUGUGUA